AUGGCGCAUAGUGUUGUUUUGGUAUUGGUAUUUGCCGUGCCAAUGGCUAUAAACGGUCAACAGGAGUAUAAGUAUGAUACGCUUUUAUCUGAAGUGUCGGCUUUGAAGAGAUCUGUCUUCAACUUGAACUUUGAAUUGGAUAAAAUUCGCAAGCAGUAUGAUGACAUGCAUAGUGAACUAAGGAUAAUAAGGAGCAAUCGGAACCCGUCGGACACGUUUCCUCUCAUAAGAUUGGAUGAAAACAAAAAACACUCAGAACGGAAAGGUGGUGAUGAGAAAAGUUACAUACUUCACAAAAGAUCAGCGUACAUUCCUUCAUUUCAUUUGCCUCGGAACAUCUCUAGAGCAACAACUGGACCAAAAGGUGAAAAGGGAGACUCCGGAAUCAAGGGACCAAAAGGGGAUGAAGGAACUCGGGGGCUUACAGGACUUAAAGGGGAUAUUGGACCAGCUGGGCCUACGGGAUUGGAAGGUCCGAAGGGAGGUCAAGGGAUUGCAGGCCCAAAGGGUGAAAUUGGAGGAAAAGGACUGACAGGCAACAAAGGUGAACCGGGUCAAAUGGGGGCUGUAACAACUGGAGCCAAGGGUGCGAAGGGAAAUUCAGGAAGAGAGGGACCAAAAGGAGCUGAGGGAACAGCAGGACCUACAGGACCAAAAGGGGAUAAAGGAACAACGGGUCCUACAGGACUUAAAGGGGAUAUUGGACCUAUGGGAUGGGGAGGGCCGAAGGGAAAGCAAGGGAACGCUGGUUCUAAAGGGAUUGCAGGCCAAAAAGGUGAAAUGGGAGAAAAAGGACUGACAGGCAACAAAGGUGAACCGGGUGAAAUAGGGGCUGGGACAAAUACGAAGGUCGCAUUUACAGCCCGACCUCUGCAGGAUAUCACCGAAAUCUCCGAAGGAAGGUCUCUUUUGUUCAGUGAAGCAAGUCUGAAUUUGGGAGAUGACUACAAUCCGGCCACUGGCUAUUUCCAAUGCAGUGUGGCCGGUGUUUACGUGUUCACAUGGUCAAUAGAGAUAAACGCUCGACAUUCACUGACCACGGUUAUUCAUGUUAAUGGAAAUAUACUUGGAUUUCAGUUCGCUUCUGGUACAACCGAUCAUAUGGACAGUAAAUAUUCAACUGUCAUGGUGAAGUUGGAUAUCGCAGACACAGUGUAUAUAACUGCAUAUAGUCCGACAAUUAGUGGUACAGUCAUAGGGUUCAUGUCCUCCUCGUUCUCGGGAUAUUUACUGAACUAACAUGCUUCAAUUUGCCGAAUUUUGGAUUGUUCUGUACAUUUAGCAGAAUGUCAGCUUAAGGAUCCCUGCCAAGCUGCAGGCAAAACACUACAGAAUGCUUUUUCGAAUAAAAUGUAAUCUGCCCUAAAUUUCGUUUUGAAAAUAACUAGUUCGACUUGGCAGGGGUACUUCCUUUGAUCAGGUAGCUCAGAGCGACAGUAUAGUAACCUGAGGCCCAUAGUUCGAAUCAUAGAAUAGCCGUGCUGAUUUUAAUACACACAGAAUUCUGUUGUUCAUUAUUUUUUGUUUAUAACAUUUUCAUUAUUAUUUUUUCAUUUCAAAUCGGCAAUUUAUGGGUGGGUUAUUUUUAGAAAUGAUUCAUCAAAGCUAUAGUCAUUCCAUAGUUUUUAAAGCAUUUAACAGGAUAUGGCAGUGGAAUGGGGAUCAUUAAAUAUCUUUGUAUAUGUUGUAAGAGAUGACAUAUUUUUGUAUAGUUUGAACAACCACAAAUUUUGCUGAAAAAAUAAACU